UGGAUUUGUUGCCAGGGGGAUGUUUUAAACGGGUGCAGGAUUUGUUUCUAUCGAGUUCUGUGAUCGUUUUUGUUGUGUUUGGUUCAGGGUGUAAAUACAGAAGUUGUUUGAUAUAUUUUGUAGAUUUUAAUACGACUUUGAGGGAUGGGGAGAAGCAGGAGUCGAUCACCAGCGCCGAGGCGAGAGCGUCGUCGGUCUCGCUCGGCCUCCAGGGAGCGGGAGAGGCGUCGGCGGGAGAGAGAGCGCUCGAGGUCACGUGACAAGGACAGGAGGCGGAGCCGGUCUCGCUCCCCCCACAGGCGCCGCUCCAGGUCGCCACGGAGACCCAGGUCCAGCUCUCUGUCCCCUUCGAGACAGAAAGACAGACGGGAAGAUGACAAAGAACCCAAGGAGAAAGUGAAGGAGCACAAGAUUUCAGAGGAGGAUAUGGAAGGAAAGACGGAGGAGGAGAUUGAAAUGAUGAAGCUGAUGGGGUUUGGGAGCUUUGAUUCAACGAAGGGAAAGAAAUGUGAAGGGUCAGUUAAUGCAUAUGCUAUCAACGUCUCACAAAAACGAAAAUACAGGCAAUACAUGAACAGAAAAGGAGGAUUUAACAGACCGCUAGAUUUUAUUGCCUAAAAACGGGUUUAAUAUUCGGGUUCGAUUAGUUUUGUGCUCCUCUUUUGACAUUUUGCUAUUUUGCUGUUUUCUAUUCAUUUACUAGUGACUGAUCCCCAUUAUGUGGAAUAUAUUCAGCAGUGUGUGGAGCUGAUUCUGAUAAAGUGAGUUCCUGGAAUUCUCAUACGAAGGGCCACUUUUGUUGUAUUGUUGUAUGUUGUGCAUCAGAUAACACACACAGGGGCAUUUUAGUUGCUCAGUUGCAUUGACUUUCCAAGAGAGAACCAAGAAAGCUCGUUACUGUUUUGUUUUAAUAAUUAUCUUGUGUAUUCCAAGCCGAUUUAUCAAAAAUUGUAAACUGCAAUUCGGGUAAGUUAUGCAUUUAAAUAAACAAGCAAGCUGCUUAAGCCGUG